CCAUCAUCUUCAUUCGAAGAUUUUGAUCGCUGAAGCAUGUGACCGCUAGCUUGUAAGACUCAGGAGCCACGUCCGCACUCGAGCUCUUGCACUUCCAGCCUCAAGUAAACUUCGUUCGUUCGCUCCAGAUCGUUCCGGAAACAGCGACCGACUCUGAGCACGUCCCCAUCUUUUCAGCCCACUGAGCCGCACAUACAUAGACGCUCACGACUCGAAAUCGCUCCUUUCACAGCUAGCCGCGCAUACAAGACACCGAAAGUCCCCCGACUCGUGGAUCGCUUUGGCUAGCGAUGCAGACAUUACCGGUAGAGAUCUUCCCUCAGAUUAUGGUCCAUGCUGAUCCUAGGGCCGUGUACCUCGGUCGACGCGUAUGUAUGCUAUGGAAAAGGCUGAUCGACGCCGACGAGGAUAUAUGGAGCAGUGUGGCUUAUCAAUGGCGUCUGGUCAGUAGCGCAAACUCACAGCUGCCUCCUUUCAUCAGUGAAGCAGCUCGGUCUCCUGCCGACGAUUGCAGCCAACCUCAUCAGAUCUGGGGUGCCCCGAGGCUACCUUACUCAUACUACCGCGCCAGAACUCAUUUUCAUGGUGUCGACUCGUUCAAGAAUCUCUGCUCUGUGCAUGUGAGCCUCACAGAAAAUUGGGAGGAAGCCAGUGACUUCCUAAUCCACACCUGCCUUCAGGAGGAGGUGGGCACGCUACCGCCUCCGCCCAGCGAAAGUAUUCGGAGAGUCCGCGGCAAAUCAAGUUCUCUGUACGAGCUCAUGGAAGUAGACGAUGUACAGAAUGUGCCUUUUGUUUGCGCAGUGGAAACCUGGAAAUGGGAAGGAGGCCGGAAGAAGAUGAUCAACAGGGUAAGACUACCUGGGCGCAAGCAUAGAGCAGACUGCCUUUGCAUUCGCUUUCCUUACUGCGUCACGUUUAUGAGGGCAACUCGCAACAGGCCACAGCUCAUCUACUGGGACAUACUGUCUCCCAGCGACCCUGUCGUUCUUGAGGCGACGUUGAGCUUCCCUUCCUACAUUUUCAAAUUGGAUUUCGACCUCGAGGCUCAGAUCGUCAUUGCGACCUCCGGCAACGACACCCUUGUUCAGUCGCUGCGCGACGGCUCUGUGCUUUCGUACGUGAUGGAGCGACCGUCGGCCGGGCUUAGCGAAUGGGAGGGUGACGGGACAGGCGGUCCGACAGCGUGUUACUUCGAUAUGAUUUUGGGCAGUCUUGAUAUUGCCGUUGGCACCAUCUACCUCGACCCCGGCAGCCAUACAAGAAAGAGAGGACCACUAGUACCGACGAUCAUCGAGUGGGAAACGAUGCCACGUCAGAAAGCCAAUGCCAACUCUGAUUCAGGAAAGCGUGGGUCAUUCAACCUUUGGACGUUCAAAGAUCGUCUCGAAAGAUGUCAGCGUGUGGGCACCUUGCUCAAUGAUCACGACCCGGAACCAAUGCACGUAUCGGUGGACCGGGAGACUGAUACCCUCAUUGUGAUGCUCCCUGGAGGCUUCAUCUUGAUCCGGUCAUAUUCUCUGAUGCACGAUCCAUCUUGCUGGCACCAAAUGCGCCUGGCGCUCGUCCGAUACUUUGGGUUGGAAUCGCCGACGCUAGCAGGCAGAGUUCAUCUCAAUCGCAAUAGAGCGGUGAGCGACAUUCGAGGUGGCAGAAUGUCUUUCUCUGCGCCACUUGGCGCAUUUGGCGACAAAGAGGCCUAUACCUGCGAAAUUCUGGUCGACCUCAAACCGCAUCGACUGGAUACCGCCUAUCAGUAUCAAAGUUGUCCUUUUCGAUGCAUCAAAGCCUGGCAGCGUUGGCAGGGAUGGUGAUCUACCGGGCUCUGGCGCCGUCCUUCAUUUCGCGCUACAAAUGGACAAAUCACAUAGUGAAGAGCGCACCUCACCUUCUCUUUGGGGGUAGACUAGACGAGAAACAAGAACAUAUCACAGACUGCGCAAUCAACAAGCGACUCAAGACA